UUAAAUUUACACGAGAAUGAGAAUCCAACGUCAACACCAGUCCACUCCCAUCCCAUCCUCCUAAGCAAGUACUCCCUCCGGACAAAUUUCCCCCGGGACAAAUUUCCCGGCACAAGUAUAAAUGGCAAGCCGCUACCGGCAGCGGCGCGACCGGACAAAGCCACACUUACAAGCCACGGACAAGCAGGAACGGCACGACGCCGUCGCCCUUCGCCUCGCCACCGCACCAGCAGAGAGCGCAGGAGGAGAGCGGGCAGAAGAAGUUGAUGGCUUCUACCGUCGUCCCGCCGCCACCGGAGCGGAGGGUGCCGGUGGUGCCGCGGCAGACGGACGACGGGGGCGGAGGCGGGGCCAGGGGGAGUGCGGUCGGGAGCGGGAGCGUGGCGGGCAUCUCACCGAGCAUCCUCAUCAUCGCCGUCAUCGUGGUGGUGAUGCUGCUGGCGUCGCUGUCCAUCCACUACUUCAUCCGCCACCUCUGCCGCCACGUGGCGCCGGCAGGGUCAUCCGUUUCGUCCGGGCAGGCGCCGCCGCUCCCGCUCGUGGUGCGCCCCGCGGCAGGGGCGUCUGCGGCAUCCGUGGCGCCCGCCGACCAGGGAGGAGGGAAGGCGGCUGCGGCGGGGGCGGAGGCCGAGCGGCUCAUCUCUCGGCUGCCGCUGUUCACGCUGGCGUCGUCGCUGGCCGCGGUGCCCAAGUCGUCGAGGGACUGCGCCGUGUGCCAGAGCGCGUUCCGCGACGACGACGAGCUCCGCCUCCUGCCCGCCUGCCGGCACGCCUUCCACUCCCGCUGCGUCGACACGUGGCUGCGUGGCAACCCCUCCUGCCCGCUCUGCCGCGCCUCCAUCGCGCUGCCCCACCCGCCCCUCCCCGAGCUCCUCCGCGUCGAGCUCGGCAGCGUCAGCAGCCGCCGCUCCAACCCCGACGGCGCCGCCCGCGCGUACCGGCUGCCCAGCGGCCUCCCCAACUCGGAGUCGGAGUACCUCGUCGAGGAGGAGCUCCAGGUCGUGCUCAAGCCGAGCCCGAGGGCCGCCGCCGGGUCCAGCGAGCCGCCGAGCCAACACAACCACCACCUAGCUGCGGUGGAGCGCGGGCAGCCGUCGUCGUCCGUGAGCGUCACACCGACGGCGUCUUUCAGGUCGGCGGAGCAACGGAGCAGCCGGUGGAGCAACCGCUGGAGCAGCCAGUGGAGCAACCGGUGGAGCAGCGGGCGCUGGAGCAGCCGGUACGACGCCGGGACGGUGACGGCUGCGGCCACGGUGGAGUGGUGGUGGGACAUGGACGGCGGCGCGGCCCCAGCGCCGCGGCGGCGGGAGGCAGAGGAGGGCAGCUCGUCCUUCCACGGGUUCCUGCGGUGGCUCACGGGGGCAUACUAGUAAAUACGCAAGGGCCGGUCCAAGCCUCCAACACCCCCGCCGCCGCCGCCGGGCGUGUCUUCCCAAAAUGCCAUCCACUUCCUGAAACGAAUCGAAAUGAAUUGGGUGGCUCUUCUUUCCGGCAUGCGAGUGUGGAUUUUUGUUUCGUUUGGAAAAAUAAAAUCUUUCUGGGCGGGAGCCGGUGGAUUUCGAGGAGGGAGAUGCCGAGCAGGAGCAGUGCGGAUUUCAAAACUGCUGCUGCUUCCGCAUUGGAGAAUGUCGGCGGGAAGACUUAGGAAUGAAUUUGGGGACUUUCAGGCAGCCACAGCAUUCUCAAUCAACCAAAUGGAAUGAAAACGAAUUUUUUUCAGCUUGGAGAAGUGCUGCAUUUUGAUUACAUUUAUGGUACUCAUUGUGGAGUGUGUAUUGGAUUAGUGAAGUGAGAUCCUUUCUUCAAAAAUAAGAUUUUUUGGUCGUCGAUUUUUGAGUCUCGGAAUAGAUGUU